UUUCCUACUUUUAAUGCAAUGACAUUAGGUGAGUUAAGGUGAAACUUCAAACCCACUCAGUCUAUUUGAUGCACAUUACUGUUUUCUCCACUAGAUGGAGUAGUUGCGCCUCCUUUUUGUCGCUCAAUUAAUAUCCCGUAAAGUUUAAAGCUGGCCUAAAUAAUAGUAAUAUACUCCAAGAAGAGUUUAAUACUACUUCUAAAACACAGUCAAACCCUGUUAAUAGUAAUAUUUGUUGAUCACGUGUCUGUAAACUUUGAUUGGUUGCAGUUACAGAGGGUUUACCACAGUGCGCCUCCUGCCUGACGCUCCACUUUUUUUUUUUUUUUUUUUUCCAAACUUCCCUCCAUGUGAUUCACUACUGUAAAGUCCCAACUGAAUGCCUGUCAUUCAGUCCGCAGGAUGUUUUCAACCGGGCCAAAAGUUUUGCGUGAUCCAACUAGUCCAGCUGUGUCUUUGGGUUUGGAUUGUUUUUUGCGCCAGAAGUGAAGUGAUCAUGGAAAGUAGUGGAGUUGGUGUCAACCCGGAGCCGCACUUUGACGGAAGGGUCAUCAACUUCAUGGAUGAGAAGAAACCUUCAGACGCAGAAGAUCAUCAGGACGGAUGGAGCUCGGCCAGCAGUAGGGAAUACAAAUAACUGGAAGGAUCUUUAAGAAGGCAACCGGAGACUCACAAGAUUGGCAGAAGCUAUUAAGAAGCAGUCUGUAAAAGCAUAUCCAGACACAGCUACAUCCGAGAAUGAGGAUCAAAUACACAAUAUCCAUCGUCGUUUUUGUGGCACUUGUUAUCAUUGAGAAGGAAAACAACAUUAUCUCAAGGGUGUCGGAUAAGCUCACCUCACAGCAGACCCCACAGUCUGUUCUACAGCCCAGUGCCUCCCUCCACAUGUUGCUGAAGCACAAUGCAUCUUUAACCACACGCAGCAAGAUGAACUCUGCUUUCACUCUCAUGAAGCGGCGUCUAGAGAACUACAGCCAUCACCAAGAGGUACUGACAAGCACCAGGAAACAGAUCCUCCUUUUGGCCACCACCAGGACCGGCUCUUCGUUUGUGGGCGAGUUCUUCAACCAGCAAGGGGACAACAUGUUUUACCUUUUUGAGCCGCUGUGGCAUGUUGAGAAGAUGUUGACGCUUGAGAGUGGCGGCACUAACGCCACAGCGGCAGCAAAGGCGUACCGUGAUGUUCUCCAGCAGCUCUUCUUAUGUGAUUUCUCCUUGCUGGAGAGCUUCAUAGAACCACUCCCUGUGGAUCACAUCACCACCGGCCUUUUCCGCAGAGAGUCCAGCAGCUCUCUGUGUGCCGAGUCAGUCUGCAGCCCCGUCAUCAAAGGUGUCUUUGAGCGUUAUCACUGCAGGACCAGGCGCUGUGGGCCUCUGAACUUAACUAUGGCCUCCCAGUCCUGCCUGCAGAAGGAGCACAGUGCCAUAAAAUCUGUCAGGGUUCGUCAGCUGGAGACCCUCCGUCCACUGGCUGAAGACCCUCGUCUUGACGUUAAGUUUAUUCAGUUGGUUCGGGAUCCUCGGGCUGUUCUAGCAUCCCGCAUGGUGGCCUUCGCAGCCAAAUACAAGAACUGGAAGCAGUGGGCUAUGGGUGGAAAUGUGCCUCUUGAUGAUGAUGAGGUGAGGAAACUGAAAGGAAACUGUGACAACAUCCGAAUGUCUGCUGAGGUCGGUCUGAAGCAGCCGCCGUGGCUGCGUGGACGUUACAUGCUGGUUCGCUACGAGGACAUUGCACGGUUCCCGAUGAGGAAAGCAACAGAAAUGUACAGGUUUGCUGGGAUGCCAUUCACUCCCCAGGUGAAAUCCUGGAUCCUGAAGAACACACAGGUCUCCAAAGAGGCCAGUGGUGUGUACUCGACGCAGAAAAACUCCUCAGAACAAGUAGAGAAAUGGAGGUUCAGUUUACCAUUUAAAAUAGCGCAAGUUGUGCAGAGAGCUUGCGGGCCAACACUGAAACUAUUUGGGUACAAAUUUGUGAGCAGUGAAAAAAUGUUAAUAGAUAAAUCCAUUAGUUUGAUAGAGGACAAGGUGUUCAACUUUUUAUAGACUUGGACAAACAUGAAUCCUGAAUGAAAACCAAUCAUUCAAGAAGCUCUGGACUGGCAUAAUGAUAUUUAUUGGUAAUUGGUCGUAUCCUGAUGCAGAGAACUGUAUUUUCUGAAAGUGUGGUAUUUAAGAUUUUUUACUAUUUAAAAAGUUUGAUGAAGAUGAUGUAUUUUUAAGUAGAAACAUACAGUAUAUAAUGCUUUUAUCUAGAGAAACAGGGAUUUUAGAAACAGGGAACUUUACAUCUGGGUAUAGUUUAUUGAAAAUAGGAAGCUAUCUUUAUUUUUGCACUCUACUUUGGUGUGGUCCACUUUGGCCUGUUUGGAAAGCCUGCCAAAAAAAAUAUAUAUUUUAGAUAAUAAAGACAAUAAUGAGAUAAAUUUAAGUUUCCACAGACAUCACUGCUUUUUCUAAGAACUUUUGAGGUAAUAGCUGCUUUUACACCAAAGAAACUUAAGCUGAAUAAACCUCCAAAACAAUUGUAUUACAUUGUUCAUGGCAGGAACAGGAGAUACCAGUGUUCUGCCAGGUAAUUUCUACACAUGAGGUUGAGAAAUAAUGUCCCUUGCUUUAUUUAUUUAUUCCUUUGCCAUACGGUUCAGAUCUGAAUGCGCUCCACAGGCUUUUUCCAUUGUACAGUAGGUACUUUUUUUUUUUUUUUUUGCACGUGUAUAUUGUAGGUUGCUGUACAUGCAUGUUUGUAAUUGGCUACAAGCUGUUUGAAGUUUUCCUCAGGACUGUAGGGGCCCAUUCUUUAAAAACAGAUGUUUACAUGGCUACUGUAUGUAAGCAUUCCAACUGCAGCUGGUUUGCAGGAUUGUGCAAAGUUUGUUGGCAGGUCCCUGUCUGUUGACACAAGUCUCAAAACUGGUGAUAAAAAAAAAGGGGCCCUGAUUCUCCGACCUGCCAGACAUAUAACUGAUGUCCCUGAUGUCUCUACUUUAUGCAUUUUUUUUUUUUUUUGCAAUAAAACAUUGUUUAAAAUUCCUAUAAAACAUCUCUUAAUGAAUAAGACACCAUUUUAAUGAUGUGGAAGUACAGCGUUCAUAAUGAUUAAAUCUGCCUUAAAGGGGCUAUAUGUGGCAUUUCUACUUUUAAAUAUAAAAAAAAAAUGACCUAAACAUAUCUUAAGACUGUUUAGAAUAAA